CUUAAAAAUACCUGCAGUACAAAAACGAAGGACAUAAGUUCCGCUUGGAGUUGGAGCGUAUCAGAAAAAAAAAAAUGCUGAGUAUUCAUGAUGUUUGACUUUCAGUAUUUAGAAGCCUGCAAUUUUAUUCUAAUAGUUCGGAUGAACUCGGUUUUUUUUCCCCCCCUGACGGCGUGAUAUACAAGACGUCUAUAGCCAGUGGUGACUCUGUUUCAUAUCUAAGCGGCACCCAUAUGUUCAUCUUUGGGACGUUGUAACGUGCCACAUACGGUAGAAAUGGGCGAAUUUUACAGCAUGCUGUCGACAAGCUGAAUAAUAGCGCUUCGCAGGUGUAUUUUUUUUAAACGCACAUUUUGUGCAUGUUUGCUUUGCUUACCAGAAGUAGAAGUAGAAUCGACGAGUAAGCAUUUCCUCUUUGAAGUGUCACCUCCAAAUCCGCUGUAGUGUGUCCUGCUACAAUUGGGAAUCAUAGUCCGACCAAACAUGGCAUCUACUACAAUUGAGAGGAAGACCAUGGAAGUUAACGAAGAAUUAGUGGAUGAGGUCCUCCAGAUGCCUCCGUCAAUGCUAAUGUGUGGUGGUUGUCAGCAGAGCAUUGCAGACCGUUUUUUCCUGAAGGCCAUAGAGCAGUACUGGCAUGAGGACUGCCUAAGCUGUGAUCUUUGUGGCUGCCGGCUGGGUGAGGUUGGCCGAAGAUUGUACUACAAGCUCGGUAGGAAGCUAUGUCGAAGAGACUACCUAAGACUGUUUGGUCAGGAUGGACUCUGUGCUUCCUGUGAGAAGAGGAUCCGGGCAUUUGAAAUGACUAUGCGGGUCCGUGACAAAGUGUACCACCUUGAGUGUUUCAAAUGUGCAGCCUGUCAGAAGCACUUCUGUGUUGGUGACCGCUACCUGCUUAUCAACACAGACAUUGUAUGUGAGCAGGAUAUUUUCGAGUGGACCAAACUCAACAGCAACUUGCAGUAAUUUCCUUGAAAUUUUCAAAGGCUGGUGUUGUCAAAAUUUACAAUUAGUACUUUACACAACAGCGACAUAACAGUUAAGCAAGUACAGUUCUAUAGCAUUGCGUUUCAAAUAUAUUUUUUAUAUUUUCAGUUCACCAGCAUAUAACCAAGACAUCAUUUCCCUUGGGAAAGCUAAAGACAUUUUUAAAAUGUAUGAGGGCAAUAAUAGCUGUUACAAACACACUUUAGUCAUUCACACUGUUGGAACAAUAAGCUUUUGUCUUUUUGUUGUACUAUAUAGCCUUUGUGUUGGUAUAAUUAAAAAAUAAAUAAAAUAAAAAUGUUGCUCGUUAUAGAGUCACAUUUGUUACAAAUAUUGUAUGUGGAUACAUUUUUGGAGAAUAAUAAAGAAAAGCCCUCCCCCCCAAUAUCAGAAGGUCAUAUACAUCUAAACAGGAUGCCCAUGGCCUUUUGAUUUGAUUUUAUUUAAAAUCUGAAUACACCUAAACUUUUGGUGCCUGUGUAGACCUACUUCUUACAGACCCUUUAGGUGCCUUUUAGACAGGUUCUAAUGCACUCUUAACUUUUACUAGUCACCAGCCAAGUCAAUUCAUAUUGGUUGAACAGCUGACCCAUGCUGCUUCACAUUAUGCAUCUUAAUGAGUAUUAAAUGGGUUUUUUCCCCCACAUUAUCUUUUCCUUGAAUUUAUAUCUGCUGUAAUUUUCGUUUGCAUUGAUGUAGAUGAGCGCUUAGAUAAAAUAGAAUUGUUGCAUGUAAAGCAUGUAACAAACGGAUGUGAGGAGUUUAAAUCUCAACAGAAUAUACUAGGAUUUCAUGUUACUCUGCUGUAAAAUAUUAUUUCUGUAUUUGUUUUUGUGAAGGCUUGUAAUUUGGGACGCAAUUACUUCAUUUUAUUUUGGUUAUUUAGAAGUCCUUAUUUUUCAGUAGGGGCCAUUUGAAUGAACAACUCGCCCAUCUAAAACAUUUCUUUAAACAUGCUCUAGCCCUGUCUACUUUUUGUAAUUUUACUUUUUCAUGAAAUCUUUGAUCCAAUACCUGUUCAGUGAUUUCAGAUUAUUUUAAUUCCCUUUCCUCCAUUCUACAAAUUGUAGAAGAAUAAUGCUUACUUUAAAAAUAUGUAUAAGGAAAUGGGCUUAUCUGAUGCUACAAUGAAUAUUCACAAUGCUACUUAUUUUUAAGUAACAGGUUUAACAAUUUUGCAAAUGAGAAGAUAAAAUUUUAUCAUUCUUUUAAAAAUUGCAUGACAUUUGCCAUGUUAUAUUGACUACUGUUUAUGUUGUUAAGAAUUGUAUUGUCAUUUCAAUAAAAACAUUUUGCUGACAUAAAGGUUACUGUUUGGGGACAAGGGGUACAUACAUAGAUUUGUACAAGGAAUAGUAAAAGUACAUGCUUGUAUCAAUCAAGCUAACUGCUGUACCUCAAAACAUUAGAAUACCAUUCUUUUUUUU